AGGCCGCCUCUUCCCUCAAGGACUUCAUCAACGCAGUCCUCACAGGCGCCAGGUCCACUUCCAAGGGCCCCGUCUGGCCCAUCACCGGCUCUGCCUCCACGACGCCCCUCAGAGACUCCUUCUCAGCCUGGUUAUGCUCAAAACAGGCGGGGAAGUACCGAAUCUACGAGCUCGGUGACCACAUCAAGAUCAGCCGGUGGUGAGCUCUUCAAGAUUCGAGCAUCUGAGUUCGAUCCCUCGAGCCUUCCUGCUCUGCCCCCAAAGCGUACAGCUGAGGAGAGGGAAGCUGCCGACAAGAAAUAUAAUGGGCCUCGGCCAUUGCGGCAUACUAAAUCUACACCUCGUGUGGCGCAAGUGCAACAGGGCACUACGCCGCCAGCAGUGCCAGUGAGACAGACCGUCAUCCAGCCUCCCCUUCCAGUAGGAAACAAUCGACAAGUAGUGCCCCAAAGGUCAGAAUCGACAUCACUCUCCGUGAGAGCAGAGGCUCUUCCAGCGCCUAAAGCACGAACCUCAGCGCUAUCUUGGGGCUUCAAUAACGAAACGAGCAAUUCGGCCCCAGCAUCCGCGUCGAGAAAUGAUGCCGUCGCGCCCGCCAGCGGAGUUCCGCCACCGAUACCAGCAAGCACGAAGCCGAAUCUGGCAGCAUUGCUGGCGACAAAGCCAAAGCCAAACUCAGGGUUCGAUCUCUCAGCCCGCGUGGCUGCGCUGGACCCGUCGCCCACGGCCCCGACGAACUCAUGCUUGCACUGCCGUGACUUCACUGGUCCCGAUUCGCAUGCGGCACGUUUUCCACGACAGUCGAUCCCUUCGCACGACGUUGGCUGGCUAGCUCAACAGCUCACGGCCCCCUUCACUUCACUUACCGACAAAGCCCGAAGCAUAUUCACGUGGCUGCAUCAUAACAUCGCGUACAAUACGCAGGCGUUCUUCAGCAACAAUGUGCAGGGCUCUACACCACAGAGCACGAUUCAAUCGGGUCUCGCUGUGUGCGAAGGAUAUGCUGGAUUGUUCACUGCUCUUGCAGUCAAGGCCGGUAUGGAAUCCUUCGUGAUCUCUGGUGCGAGUAAAGGGUUUGGCUACCGCCCUCUGACGCCCGGUCAGCCGAUACCGCCAUACCAGUCUGAUCAUGCGUGGAACGUGGUGAAAAUUGAUGGCGGCGAAUGGAAAUUGAUUGACUCGUGCUGGGGAGCUGGAAAUGUGAAAGAGACGCAGGAGUAUGAGAAGAGUUUCAAGCCCGAUUGGUUCCAGAUGUCCAACAAUAUAUUUGGCCUCUCACACUAUCCUGAACGCAGGGAUCAGCAGUAUCGCGAGGAUGGCACAGCUCUCUCGUGGGAAGAAUACUCGAUGGCCCACAAGGAUGGCACUGGCGCGACCAUGUUUGACAGCGGCACAGAAGAAGGCAUAUCCAAAACCUCUAUGCGCCCAUCUGAGAGCAAGAUUGACCUUUCACAACAAGGACCCACUGUGCGCUUCUCCUUUCAGAAAAUCUGUCCGCAUUGGGACCCGAUUCGGAACGGGAAAGGACCUCCGUAUCUGUUUGUUCUGCUGAUUGAUGCACAAGAGAAGAAUUCCGAUCGGAACCUGCCACCGUUGCAGACAAACGGAUCGGUGUGGUGGGCGGAUGUACCGAGGGAACACCUUGGUCGUUCGGGCCAGAAAAUCAUGUUAAUAGCCCUCACGUCGUUUGGUGGCCGCGACGGCCGAGGAUUGACGUUACAGGAGUACCAGCGGGGGAAAGGAAGAUGUGGGUGGGCUUCGUCUGGCAUUGCUACGUGGGAAAUC